AUGGCUGAGAUAAUGCAAAUAGGGAGGAUUUUUCAAGGUCGUUAUGUAUGGCGAGGAAACGUUAAAGUAUAUUUCCUGUUUAUUGAAGAAGGGUACGAAGGUAUGUUCAUUUACAUUUUACAUAUUUUACGCUCAGAAAUGUAUCGAUUGUCGCAAUUUAUUAAUAUAUGUGCAUAUUUAAAAAUAUCGAUCUUGUUUUGACUGUUGUAGAGUGUAGAGUGUAGACAUUGGCAAGUAGUUCUUGGUUCGACGUUUCUGGAGAAGGAACGUUAUUUCCAUAUUUGGCCAAGAUCCGAAAGAAGUUGCCAAAAUAUACGGAAUGUUUCUUUUGCACUCUGUCAAACUAAAGACAUACGCUGAUCAAAAUAAUCCCUGUCGAAUCUCAGGUAAAAUAUUGUUAAAUUAAUUUCUAUUAAUCAAUCAUUUUAUAGCCUUUGCACCAUGUGCAAGUAGCAAGGUUAAGGAUGCCACUUUGAAUAUAUUGUUAAUUGUUUUCACCAUUGUGUUUGCAUAAUUGCAUCCCUUGCAAAUAAGCAAAUUUACCUAUAAGGAAUUUUAUUGUUUGCACCCCUUGCAGGAAGGGUCUAUGCCAGUCUAUUGUUUUCAAUUUUUGAGGCUUAACACCAUACUGACUUGGUUUUAUUAAUGCAAUUUUCAAAACAAACCCUUGUGCACUUACUUAGCAAUCAGCAUCAGGUUUGAGUGAUUCAAACAGUGAUAGUACCUACCUUAAAAAAGGCUUGCUAUACAUGGGGAUAUCCCUCUUAUCAGGCAAAGCCAGCUUUCACAGACACAUCCCCCAUGUUUGAACCUCUUUUAGCAUAAUGUUCUUAUUAAUAAUUUCAUUGGGGAAAAAACGUAGGUGUGUGGGGCCUAGCCAGGUACCAGUUAGAUCAUGUAUCAAGGUUGCCAGAUCUCAGAAGUGGGGGGGGGCAGCAUAAGCCCCCCCCUUCUUCCAUUUGUAUGAGCAAACACACACAAAAGAACUGAAAAGUGCAAAAGCAAUUCAAAUUUAUUCUUGAGACCCCAUCCCAAUAUUGAUUUACUUCUGACAGCCUUGUGUAUAUACAUGUAAUAAGUUUUCAAAAAUAUCAGAUUUUCUAAGAAGAUCUUUUCUUGUAGGCUACUAAAGAAAACAAGAAAUGAAACAAGAUGGAAUGAAUAUUUAUUAAAUUACAGAUUUUGAUACAAAUUUAUUUAUGAUACAAAUAUAUCUAUUGUCUGAAUAUUAUAAAAAGUACUCAGGCCAAAUAAAAAUAAUAGUUGGCUUCAGGUUUCUGACUGACGUGUCAAAAAUAUGACCGGCCAUAAACAUAUUAUUGACAUUUCCCAGUAGGGAUCAUCUUUUCGUAAAUAUCAGAAUAAAAUUAAAAAAUAGUCAUCAGACUCAUUUGCUACAAAGUAUUUUGUUUGCUCAUAAUUUAAUCAUUAUCUAGUCAUGUUAAUUUAAUCCUUGACGCAUUUGUUUCUCGCAAAACAUGUAGCUCCCGGUUGAUCCCGUGUGGCACGUCUGAUUAUGUGUGACAGUUACUCAUGAACAACUUAUAUUUAUUGCAUACUUGAGAAAAAUUUUUUUUUAAAUAAAAUGCUUUUCCAACCUACCUACCCAUAUAAAACAUGGCUGUGAAACCUGAAACCAACUAUUAUGUUUAUUUGGCCUCAGUAAUAUAAGUACAAAAUAUGUACAAAAUGCUCUACAAUGUACAGACAUAUGUCACCAUUUAUUAUAAUCAUAUCUUCAAGGAACUUGUAAACAUAAUAUUGCAGAGAUCUGUAAAAAAAAUGCUUUCAUUGUUAAUUCAGAGCAGGCACAGAUUUUCUGUGUGUGUGUGUGGGGGGUGGUGCGCACCCUCCCAGAAAUGAUUUGCACCUCCCAAAGGCAUUUGGCACCCCCGCAAAUUACAUAUAUUUCGAUUUGAUAGUUUCAUAUUUGAUUAUUCUUACUACUAAAUUUGUAAAAUUACCAAUAUUAUGGUCUCAGAUCUCGCCAUGCAGGCCUAGAAAAAAUUUUGUUAAACUUUUCCCUUGGCCUUUCUGGGCGUUGCUACCACGCCUCGGACAAAGCAAGCAGCAGCACCCUCCCCAGAUAUUAUCCACCCCCUGAACGAAAAUAUGAAAAUCCGUCUCUGACUCAGAGGGAAAGAAGUAUUAUUUUGUGUAGUAGUGGGAUGGAUUCACUUGGGGGUAUUGGGGGAGGGGAUUCUGUGUGAAAUCCUUGACAAUUAUCAAACAAAAUAAUAAAGGGAUGGAUUAAUUAACAUAGUUUUUUUAAGAUUUUAUAUUAGCUUUGUUAGUUCGGCCCUGACGAUAACUCCAUCACGACUCAGCUUUUAUCAUUGAUAAUAUCAAAAUAUUGCCCAGCCCUAUUUACUGGUGAUGACGUGGUAAUGCUGAACCUGGGGGGGGGGGUGUCUAGGUAAAACACUGAGGUUAAAAUAAAUCCAUAACAUGGAGGCCUGUUCAGAACUCCUAAACCUCAAAUGCCGACGACUAACCAAGGAGCUAGAACCUGAGAUCCCCAUUGGCUAAAUAAUUUUCAUUAAAAAAAUUAUUAUUCAGCAUGCAUAUUUCACAUAUUGCUAUUUUAAGCAAAAGUGAAAAGUCUUACACAUUUGGCAAAAACAAAGAGUAACUUAACUCUUAAGACCAACAUAAAAUAUAUUCGUUUUUGGCAAAACGGUUAGACGAGGUCGGUUCAGUUCAUGUUUCCCCUGAGCAGGACUUCUUAUUGACUUUAUAUUUGUUGACAUGUUUAAUAAUUGGCGUAUAUAUUUAUAUAAAAUAGCGUAUGGAAAUUAUUCUGCAGAAUUAAAUAAAAAUAAUCCGUAUUAUAGAGCAUUUACCCAGCUUUUACGAAGUUGUAACUUGUAAAGGUGCAAUCACUUUUAUGAAACAGUAUAAAACACGAAAACCUAAUCAAAAUCUCGCCUAUAUAAUAUAUUUUUACAGUCGAAGGGUCAAAGGCAUAUUGCUAUAAAAUGUCAACACUCACCAUCAUCGUCUUCAAGAGAUAAAUAUUCAAUUAAUAUCUCUAAUUCCUCGCACGAUUCAGACAAAACACUUCCCAUGUACAGCAAAGCACCGCUAUCGCCCAAAACAUCCACGAUUUCUUCCAUAUUCGACGAAUUUUUAGGUUUUCGAGCACAUUUGCAAGUUUUCGAGUGUUUUUGCAAGUUUUCGAGUCACGAUUUCACAGUCCCUCAAAUCAGCGCUGCCUCAAAUUACGCGAACGCGCGUACAAAUGAGGGACUGUGGAAGAGUCAGAGGUUUCGUAGUUACUCAGAUGUCAUGACAUUUCAGAAUGCGUCUAAGUGGUUCUGUUAGUCCUUUGAUGUGUGGUAGGACGGCGUAACUGCGAUUGGUCUUCGGUUCCACUGAGUCAAGAAACGAUCUUAUUAGUUCUUCGGGUGGCGGCGUUCUGUUUUCAGACAUGACACGUUUAGUGGCGAAGCUAGCCCAACUUUUGGUCAUGCUAUGCAAAUAUUUCUGUGUUCAUAGACCGAGAAAACAACCAAUUUCUAAAGAAAUGAAUAAUGAUAAUGAUCUCAAAUUUGCAUAGCAUGACCAAAUUGUCGGGCUGGCUUCGCCACUGGGUAACCGUUUGACAUUAGUGUGUGGGUUACAUGUUUGUGUUCUUGUUGUUUGCCUUCGUCCGUGUUUGGUAAAGUUGCUACACUAUGUAAGAGAGUUUGUGCAGUGCUGACUUUGUGUCGUUUGUCAUGGUGCGCGUUGAAAUUAUGAAUCCCAUCAAAGUUUUUAAGGUUACUCCACAUGAUGGAAGCUCACUUCAUCAAAUCGCUCACCGCGCGCUCAAUUUUUUUUUUUUUCCGUCAAAUUUUACAUGCACACUGAUAAGUCAUUACUAAAGCCAACUGUUUAAGAUAAAUUUUGCAUCUUCAAAAACUGUAAGAGCUGCGAGCGGCGUUUUUGAAUAGGACGCUCUUUGCGUCAUGAGAAUUGCACGCUUCUGAUUUAACUCGAAGACUUCCGAAACAUCAUAUGUCCCAUCUCAAAUGAUCAAAGAACAAAACCGUGUUCGCAUUUUUUGACAGGUAUUGUAUUUGCUUUGAUAUAAACCAGACAAGUUGACUCUUCUAAAUUUUGCAGAAGCUAUAGAAUAGAGGCCUAUAUCUUGAAAAAUAUUGCACUAAAUUAAAAACGCGAACACGGUUUUGCUCCUCCAUUAAGCAAAGUUGCAGAACCAUCUAAAUCGGCCAAACGACAAUGUAAAAAAGGAUCCAUACAUACUGCGGGAUUAAAACACAAGCGAAGAUUCAUAAGUAUCGUAUUCGUCUGCACCUUGUCAAAUACAACUACAACUUUCCCGGCAAAAAAAAUUGCAGACAUUAAUUUACAUUAAUAUCUCAGUCGUAUUUUAUUUUUUAAAAAUAAUUUUCGGCAAUUAAGAGAUCUCAAGCCCCUUUAUAUGAAUCAAUAAAAAUGUCAAAAAUAAUGAAAUAGCGAUUUCAUCAUGUGGAGUAACCUUAAAGUGAGUCUGCCGACUGAGAAACCUCAAAAUUCGAAAUUUAUAUUUCGACGAACUUGAGUUUUGAGUGCUAGAUACGUGACAUACAGAAAAUCUUCGUCUUAAAACUUUAUAAACGGAACACUACUGUGUUCGAGGCAACAUUCUGGACAAUGAAAUUGGUUUUUCAUAACUCUGAGGAUGGUUCUGAAAUAGAAUCGAAACACUGCGCGUCCUCCAAGACAAGACGAAAAUGUUUCACGUGCACUUAAAAUGGAUAAAUAUCGCAUUCCGCGUGCUUAUUAUGUGCCAAUGUAUUAUUAUGUACAAUACUACGCAUGACUAAUAUUCCUAUUUUUUCAGACUCACUUCUCAAAAUAUUUCAAAAAAAAAAUCAAGAUUUGUAUAACUUCAUUGAUGGUUCCCAAGUUGAGAAAGUUCUGGAAUAUUACACAGAAGACUGCAUCAUUCUGCCACCCGCUGGAGACACUAUCUACGGAAAAAAAGGUUAUAUUUAUAUUUAUUUUAAAAAGUAACAAUUGUACGUGUGCGAGCAUAGGCAGCCCAGUAAAAGUUGUAAAUUUACAUUAAAUUGAUUAAAACUGCAGUAAAAUUGUCAAAACAAAUGGCAAACAUCACAAACUUGCGAAAUAUAGUCAUUUCGCUGCCCGAGCAAUUUAGUCGCACGUUCAGGACUAUUUUCAUGAAGCUAUAUAAUCCUGGAUAAGCGGGAUCAUAUAAUCAGCGCCAUAUAAUCGACCAUCUAGCUACAAAAAUCGAAAAUCAUUUGAAGCUUCAAAACUAUAAUAAAGCAAAUAUAAACACAAUUGUAAAUAUAAUGAUAGGCAUAUACGUAUACGUAAAUCAUCGAUAAUUCAAGCACCAUAACUAUACGGCCUAUUGGAAAUGAUUUUUUUUUUGCUAAUUAGUGUCAAUGUGUACAGUUAAAUCAAUGAAAGUCCAUUCCGAAAUCGUGAGCCGUAAACAAACUCUCAGCGAGCAACGAUAUUUAGGAUAUGGACUAUUUAGGUUAUUAAACUCGAGAAAUUGCCUUUUGUACCAAGUAGGUUUUUCGGCAGUAAGUGUUUUAUACGCCUAUAAAUAUCGUUUGAAAGAAAGAUGUUCGAAAUUAGGGGAUUAGUUCAAACUGAAUUACUCAAUUAAUUCUCUGUGCGGGCGAUUAGAGUUCUUCUUUCCGUGCAACUACUGCGCAAUCAAAGAGUUUUCAUCCAGCUUUUUGGGGACAUAAUAAUUUUCUUAGCGCGACGAAGGAUCUCGAUUUAAAUCUUCAUUCUACUAUCUUUUUUAUUUUCCUGGAUUGUUCAACUUAACGUUCCCUCCAAAAAAAAUGAACUACAUUUUAUUGCCAUGACAAUAAAUCUCUUCUCCAGACUUGGCGAAGUACAUUGAAGAUUUUAAGCACCUUUGUGAUAUGAUUAAGAAGGAAGACUCCACGGAAGAGGAAGUGCUCGGCGAAGGAGAUAUUGUAACUUCACGAGCUUCUACAAAGGCAUACAAGGAAGAUGGUUCACUCCUUUUUAAAUCAAAGUAAGUUUAUAUUUAUUUAUCUGAACACUCGCUGCCCCAUGUCAGCCAUGUUGUAGCCGAAUUAGCAACUUGUUUAAAAAAUGCAAUGGCAAAUGGAACCAUUGCGUAGUUAUUGCAACGACUAAUGGCCACAAUCGCUCGUACCAUCAUCAUGAUGCAUGAAUUGCCGUACAAGCGCGUAUCCCUAUCUGUUCAUAAUGAAUUGAUAAUAUUCUGGCAUGGUAAUACCAGUGGAAUGCAUUAAUUGCCACUAAUUGGUAACAGGGGAUUAGACUCUGACCCUCAAACUGCAACUAAAAUGGAUCGUUAAUAUGUUAAUUAAAGAGUGUAUUUUCUUUCUUCAGGGUCUUGACGGUGUGGAAGAAAAUCGAUGGAGAUUGGUUGAUUUACCGUCUAAUGUGGAGCUACGAUAAGCCGUAUGAAUUUAACAAGAAGCAGAAGUAAUUUAAUUAUCUUAGGAUUUACUAGUUAGUGAUUCUAAUAUUGCAUUGCAGUGUAAACGAUUAAAUAAAAAUCAGGGUGCAUUUUAUAU